AUGACAACGAAGACGGAGAUACACUAUCGACAGACUUCACUUCCGCUCGACUCUUACGUGCCGACGCUUCGUGUCGUCAAGGAGGUCGUUUAUCUCAGCUGGAUGUCUCCUAUGUCCAAGGAUACACGGUGCUACCAUGUUCAGUAUGCUGGAUUGGACUCUUAUUGGAAAGGAACUCAUAUCGAGAGCGAUGCCGUGUACAGCGGCAUAUUUCUACAACAUAACCACUUGAAGCUUAUUGUGCAGCUUCCCAAAAUCCACCCUGUGCAGCAGUCAGAUGAUCCUGAAAUGGCCGGGACGUUAGAGAUCUUCGAGUCCGUUGUCUCUGGUCUACAGGAUUAUAUAUCUUCAGACGGAUCUGUGGAGCCUGUUAGCUUCGACAAGGACGCCGAUUCCCGGCGCCGAAGUAGUAUCUGUGAGGUUCUCCUUUCCACAGCCGUGUGCAUGAUUAUUGGAGAAUAUCAGAAAUGA